AUGGCACCGAGAUCAAAUGGUACGCUGCAGAUGAAUUUACAGAUCCAAGAACGGGGCGCUGGGCUGGUUUCUCCCACGAACUUCCUUGUCCCGCGGCAACUUUUCUGCACCGUGAUGAGGGGUUCUUGCAUGCUGAUCAUGGAGGCUGGCAACUCUAUGGCUCUCUGGCUAGCUGAACAAGAACAAAAGGCCGUGACUUUACCCAGUAUGGGCACCUCCAGCUACACCCAAUGCGACGCAGAAGGUCUCCCAUUGGAGGAUUGA